AUGGCAAGCCCAAGAGCGUUAGGGACUGCUUUCCUGAUCUUGCUUAUUGCAGACAUCGCCUUCGCUGCUAGGACACUGCAGUCAAUUAGUGGAGGCGGAGGUGGAGGGCAGGGAGGAGGUGGUGGUGGUGGAUCUGGAUCAGGACUUGGGUCAGGUUAUGGUUCUGGGUCUGGAUCCGGGAGCGGUGAAGGAUAUGGUGCUGGUGGUCGUGGAGGAGGCGGGGGCGGGGGCAGUGGCGGAGGCGGAGGUGGUGGCAGCGGCGGAGGCAACGGGUCAGGUUCUGGCUAUGGGUCUGGUAGCGGCUCAGGCUAUGGUUCUGGUAGUGGGAUAGGUGGCAGCAAAGGAGCAUUGAAAGCCGAUUUCAAUGGAUAUCAAGAGAAUGUCGAGGACAAAUUCUUACAUGUUCAAGCGGAGUUAUUGGACCGAAUUGAGAAGUAUGAUGAGUUAAACAAGAAAUACGUGAUGAGAGAAAGUCGCCUAACUGAAUUACAAGAGUUUGAAAGAAAGGGGAAUGAAGAGGAGGUCACCGAAUUUACUUUCCUGGAAGUUACUGCUGGCUUGGAUUCCAUCGCGGAGACCAUAACGAUGAAUGAUGAUCCAAAUGCCGAUGCCAUCAUGUCUUCAAGAAUUCGUCCUGGGAUUGCGAGAAGGGAUUUGCGCGAGGAUGAUAUCAGGGUGUACGAGCUUUAUACGGAUUCACUAAUAAUUAAUAAGAACCAAAGGGAAGGAGAAUGA